GACAUUCGACAAGAUUUUGGGAGGUUUAGUGGAUGUGUGCAUUUUUCUUUUAUUAUAGUGUGUUAUUAUAAAAGGGUAUGUAAAAAAUAUGCAAAAGAAACGCACAAAAUGUUGCACGAAUUAGUGUGAUCUUAUAUUGUGGUGAUUCAUAGGAAAACUGCUCAAUCAUCAACAAAGUACACGUUAACUGACAAGACGUGUCGGCUUCCUAAUUUUCAUCAUAUUUCCUCGUUUCGCUUCGGUUUAAUUCCAUUCUUCUGCUUCCAAAUAAUUGGGAGGAAUUAGGAAAUUAACUAUUUAGAUCAAUUUCGAUUCUUAAGGAAACUUAAUACUGUUAAAAUGGGCAAUGUAUUUGCGAAUUUAUUUAAAGGUCUCUUUGGGAAGAAGGAAAUGAGAAUAUUGAUGGUUGGUUUGGAUGCUGCUGGUAAAACCACAAUUUUAUAUAAACUUAAAUUAGGAGAAAUUGUUACUACAAUCCCCACUAUCGGGUUCAAUGUUGAAACUGUAGAAUAUAAGAACAUUAGUUUUACUGUAUGGGAUGUUGGUGGCCAAGACAAAAUUAGGCCAUUGUGGAGACACUACUUCCAAAACACACAGGGCCUAAUUUUCGUAGUUGAUAGCAACGAUAGAGAGCGUAUUGGUGAAGCUAAAGACGAAUUGAUGCGCAUGUUAGCAGAAGACGAACUCAGAGAUGCUGUAUUACUUAUAUUUGCUAACAAACAAGAUUUGCCAAACGCAAUGAACGCAGCGGAAAUAACUGACAAACUGGGUCUCCAUUCUUUGAGAAAUCGCAACUGGUACAUUCAAGCGACUUGUGCAACCAGCGGAGAUGGGCUCUACGAAGGUCUAGAUUGGCUCUCCAAUCAGCUCAAGAAUGCCCACCAUUAGUACAGUGUUUUAUUUCAAUCACACUAAUGUGAUUGUGUAUCAGACUUAAGUGUUACUUUACCAUAUGUUGCAAUUCGACUGUUCUCCUCAAACCAAUCACCUGUUGUCUCCUUACUGUUUGCCAACAUACUAUCCUCGGUCAAUAAAAUUAUUAACAUUAUAGUUAGGCCUUUUUUUUUUUCAUUAAUUUUAGUGCAUGUGUAUGUGGUCAAACAGUAUGCUUAGAUUAACUUUAGUUUUAUUCACUAUCGUAUUUUAUAUUUAUUUUGGUAAUGCAGAUUUACGUUGUACAUCUUAGGUUUUGUAUAAGACACUUGUACAGUCUCUAUUUGUAUUAAUAAAAAUGAUUGAAAAGGUAUGUCUGUAACAUAUGGUAGGUUCCCUGAUUUUUUUACUGAUGGGCAAGUUAACGUACAUUUUUGAUUCUAAAUAACUCUAUUGGUUUCUGUUGGAGCUAGGAAACGAUAGAUUAGAUUCGAUUUAGCCUUAAUUAUUUUAAAAUCAGAGGAAAAUGUAAUUCAACCUAGUGUGAAUAUUUUGUAUUAGACUUCAAACUGGUCAGGUUUACAUAACCUCAGAUCAAUAGGGAAAUCCUGUGUUUCCACCAUUUCAUUUCACUUUCAGCAUUUUAGGGUAUGGACUUUUGAAACUGUUGAAGAACCAGGAUAUAAUUUUUUUUAACACAUUGACAUCUUUGAAGGAGUUAUUUAUAACAAUUAUGUAUGGAGUUAUGCCCAGCAAAGAGCUUAGCUCAAUGUAAGAUUAUCUCGUUGUUCGAAUUGGAAUUAAAAUUAUUUAAAAAUUUGAACAAUUUUUGGUAGUUUGUCUUCAUUUUGAAUUUUCGAUUACUCACAAAUAUUGGCAUAUGUUGAUGGAGUAAUUUAUUGAAAAAAAAAAUGAAUUGUAUUUUUUCGGCUGAAUCAGUUUCGUUGACAUUCCCGUUUAUCAUGCUGUAUUUCAAAUGGAUAUACUAUUAAAAUUAUUGUCGAUAAUUUAUAUUAUGCAUAAUUAAAUUGUAUUCGAGA